ACUGUGCUUUAUUGACUUGCACGUGGCUGAUGGCAAAAUAAAUGGAUGGGUAAUGUUACAAUUUCAGUGCUUAAAAGGAAGCAGAAAUUAGCUGUGGGGGGUCACAACUUGACACUAAAUUUUGAACCUGGAACCCAAAGGUUGUUUCUGAUUUUUCAGCUCAGUUUCCCUGUGGGCUGGUUACAAAAUCCCCACGCACUUUUAAGCAAGAUCCUGCUAUGUGGAGCAAGACAGUGGACAGCCCCCCCCUAGGCAGAACACAACAUUACAGGGUGUCACUGAGUGGAAGAUGACAGUGGAGGCUGUUGCCAGGCAGAAUGAGACACUAGAGAUUGCAGCCAGUUGGAACCAGACAGUCGAGGCCUUUCCUAUGUGGAAUGAGACCACAGAUGACAGUGCUCUUCGGAACAAGACGCAGGAGGAACAGAAUUUGCAUGAAGGCUUCAGCCAGACUGGAGAUGAGGAAAACCGUACGGAUGGAGAUGGACCCAGCUGGAUAAGCUUCCCCCAAAGUGAAGAGCACCAUGAUUACAGAAUAACUGGAGGAUCAUUCUGUCGUCGUGGACACUGCCCCUGGCAGGUAUUGAUCCGAAAUAGUGAAGGCUACGGCUUCCGUGGCGGGAAUUUAAUCAGCAGUCGUUGGGUGGUCACGGCCUCUCUCUGUGUUGAGACUGGAAGAGCACAUCAUGUUACUAUAGGAGAUUUUGACAAACACUGGAGAGAACUGGAAGAACAAAAGAUCCAAGUGCAACAGAGUUGGAUGCAUCCACAUUAUGAUUCGGAUAACUACAAUAAUGACAUUUCUUUGCUGUACUUGAGCAGUGACGUUAAGUUUAAUAAGUAUGCGCUCCCUAUUUGCCUUCUCAUUCCAAACCUAGGAAACUUGCUGACUACAGAAGGAAAUAUAGGGAUGGUAAGUGGAUGGGGUUCCACAUAUUACAGAGGUUCUCUCACACGGAUCCUCAUGGAAGUUAGGUUACCUACAGUGAACAAGGGCACUUGUCAACAGUCAACAAGGAAGCUCAUUACUGAUAACAUGUUCUGUGCAGGAUAUGCUGAGAAAGCCCUCGAUGCCUGUAAAGGGGAUAGCGGAGGCCCCUUUGCUGCAUCUUACCACGAUGCUUGGUACCUUUUAGGGGUUGUUAGUUGGGGUGAAGGCUGUGCUGAAGAAGGGAAAUAUGGUGUAUACACUCAGGUAUCAAACUACAAGCAAUGAAUAAAGGAUGUUGUUGACAGCGUAUCAGAUACAGGAAGGUAGAUAAAUGCACAGUAAAGACAACAUUUUUCUUCCCCUUUAUAAUAGCAGGAACACAACUACUAUGGAAUGUUUUCAGUCUAAUGCAGCAGUCAAUGUCCUGCCUUUACUUGUGCAUAAUUUUGUAUCAUUGUUUAACAAAAUGCACUUAUUUGACACCAGUGCAGUGUGGGAGAACCAUGACAAAUGUCUGGCGACUCCUCUGAAUAGCACUUCAUGCAUUUGAAAUGACUUGACCAAUUACUGAGCACUGUACAAUAACAAGCAAUCCAGGAUUAAGGGGGAAUACCUGUCUAACAUGAGAAGCACAUCACAAAAGAACU